AUGGAGGAAGGUGAAAGCUCAUCCCGAAGUGUUGUUAGUAGCGAAAUUGGUGGAUUUAGCUUCGUUACACCUGAAGAAAAACGGGCUAAACGAAAAAAAUAUUUAGCUGAUAGGGAUGCGACGAAGAUAUAUCUUAUUGAGGAGCAAUUAUUUCAGCGGUGGCGACAGCUGAGAGACGAAGCAAAAAUCAAGACCGACAAAGACUUUGCUGCCAUGCUUCUAGAGCAUUAUGUGAACACACACACGAAGCAAAUCUUAACAAGCAGGUACGAUACAUACGUUUUAGAUUUAAUAGUAUAUUGACCGUUACGUGUAAAAAAUAUAAUGUAAAUCUGUAAAUCUUGCAGUGAUGCUGAAACACAGACAGACCACACAGAAGAAACUGCAAUCUUUAUAGACUCUCCAGGUAAGUUUUGUGAUGAAAUUUAAAUAUUACGAUGAUUAUUUGACUUUAGCUUACUUCACAUUUUUAUUUUAUGUUUGUAUUUUACAGUUUUAGCAUCUACACCUUUGCAAAUAAGUGUAGAAGUGGAAAGUCGUGCUUCGGCCAGUGUUAGUAAACGUAGAAGAUUGUCACUAGAAUCACACGAUCCCGAAGGCGCGGAUGAAACAGCUACUGGAGUCAAUUAA